ACAUACUAAGUUUGCCCGUAAAUAGAGUCAGUUGGCCCCCAAACAAACACAGAGACCGAAAACGAAACGAAACCCUCUCUCUCUCUCCGCUAAAUUUGAAUUUUUUUUCGAAUCUCAAAACGGGGUGUCGUUUUGACUUCCCCGUCCGUACAGGUACAGAUAGCCAUGGCCUUCCUCUCCUUCGUUGGUAGAGUUCUCUUCGUCUCCGUCUUCGUUCUCUCCGCUUGGCAAGAGUUCAAUGAUUUUGGUACUGAUGGUGGACCCGCGGCAAAAUCUUUGACACCAAAAUUCCAUGCUUUCUCUAGUCACCUGUCAACCCACACUGGGAUCAAAGCUCCAGAAGUUGAGAUUAAACACUUGGUGGCUGCAGCAAUUGCCUUGAAGGGCCUGGGGAGCCUUCUUUUCAUAUUUGGCAGCUCAUUUGGAGCCUAUUUACUGCUUCUUCAUCAGGCAAUCGUUACUCCCAUAUUGUAUGAUUUCUAUAACUAUGAUGUUGAGAAAAGAGAAUUCGCUCAACUUUUUCCCAAGUUUACUCAGAAUCUGGCGUUGUUUGGGGCUUUGCUCUUCUACAUAGGCAUAAAGAACUCCAUGCCAAGGCGGCAACUGAGGAAAAAGGCUCCUAAAGCAAAAACUACAUGAGAAGGAACACCUGAUGAUGAUUGAUUCAAGGGUUGGGUUUCUUGACUCUUGCCUGGAACAUCGCUCAGGAAUUACUUUUGUAUGCUUUAUAAUGUUAUGAAGAAUUUUUCUUUUUGAGAAAUAGGGAAAUCAGGGGAAAGAGGGCUCUUUUACUUGUUUUGAGGUGUGAUUCUGUUUCUUCACGAGCCAGUUUGUAGACACUGCAUUGAGUUUAGUUAAGUUCCAUGAUCCAUUGAUAUCAAAAUAGUACAUUUCUUCUGCUUGA